UGUAGAAUGUGUGCCUGUGAUUGUUCCCACAAUGCCUUGAGAGAACAGGGAAUAGACUGGACUGAUUACCAGGACUGCGCUGUGAAUGUCCACAAGAACUGCAAGAACCUAUUGGCCGAGUGUAGCAGCAGCAAGAACAAGCUGAAAGACUCCCAGCCAAGAAGCACUGGGGUUGUGCAGGCUACAGUUCAGCUUUACAACCAAGCCCUGAAGGACCAGCGCUGCCCCGCCCUCCCGGCCGCCGAUGGCCCCUCCGGCCCGCCGCGCGCACCAGGCAUGACCAUCACCCCGCGAGGACACAGCAGCAGCCAGCCCGCCGCCAACGCCGUCAGUCACAGCAGCAGCUGCGGAUCGAUCCCAGGGGACAUGGAUGAAGCGGAUGCAGUCAAGUUCAAGCCCCUGUCAGAGGACUCUGUGUCUCUGGCACCCUCUACCACGGAGUCCAUCAUAGUCGAAGAUACCCAUUACACUUCUGUGCGGGCGGAUCUGGACUCCGACGCGCAGGACCUGGAGGUGGAGUCCUGGAGCCUGGCUGUCGACCAGCACUUUCUGAAGAAGCAUCAGAAAGACGCGGUAAAGAGGCAGGAUGUCAUAUAUGAGCUCAUGCAGACGGAGAUGCACCACGUGCGCACGCUGAAGAUCAUGCUGCGGGUGUACGCGCACGAGAUGCGCGAGGCGCUGCAGAUGGAGGAGCGCCGGGUGGAGCGCGUCUUCCCCCGGCUGGAGAGCCUGCUGGAGCUCCACCGCCACUUCCUGUCCCGUCUCAAAGAGCGGCGGCGCGAGUCCCUGCUGCCUGGCAGCGAGCGCAACUACGCCAUCCAGAGGCUGGGGGACGUCCUCACCGCACAGUUUUCAGGCGAGAUAGGGGACAGAAUGAAGGAAAGCUAUGGUGAUUUCUGUAGUCACCAUAGUGAAGCUCUCAACUAUUACAAAGAGCUUCUGCAGAACAACAAGAAGUUCCAGAAUCUGAUGCGGAAAAUCAGCAAUCUGUCCAUUGUUCGGAGGCUGGGAGUGCCAGAGUGUAUUCUUUUGGUGACGCAGCGCAUCACAAAGUACCCUGUCCUGGUGGAGCGCAUUCUGCAAAAUACUGAAGCUGGCACAGAGGAUCAUGAGGACCUGACACGUGCAUUGGGCCUGAUCAAGGACACCAUCAUGCAGGUGGACGCCCAGGUGAACGAGCACGAGAAGGCCACUCGGCUGAAGGACAUCGCCAGCAAGAUGGAGCCCAAGUCCUUGGGCAAGAUCAAGGAUGGGCGUGUGUUCCGCAGGGAGGACCUCUCCCAGGGCAGGCGCAAGCUGCUGCAUGAGGGCACCGUCAACUGGAAAGCCGCCUCCGGCAGGCUCAAAGACAUCCUCGCAGUGCUGCUGACAGAUGUUCUUUUGUUAUUGCAAGAAAAGGACCAGAAGUAUGCCUUCUCCACUGUGGACAACAAGCCGUCGGUGAUCUCACUCCAGAAGCUGAUCGUUCGGGAGGUGGCUCACGAGGAGAAGGCCAUGUUCCUGAUCUGCGCCUCCUCCAACGAGCCCGAGAUGUACGAGAUCCACACCUCCUCCAAGGAGGAGCGCAACACGUGGAUGGCGCUGAUCCGCCAGGCCGUGGAGAGCUGCCCGCACACGGAGGAGCGGCUCUUCAGCGAGCAGGAGGAGGCGCGAGCCGCCAAAAUCAGAGAAUUCCAAGAGCGUCUGAGUGUGAAGGAUGCCCAGAUAACGCAGAACUUGACGGAGAAGCUGCAGAUCUUUGCUGAGUGUGCGGAAACGGUCACGGGGAUCGACGAUAUCGGCUCUCGCUCCCGCCUGCUGCUGAGAGGAGAUUCCUCAGACCUCCAGCAGGGGGAGCAGCUUCUCAAGGGAGCCAUCACUGAAGUGGAGAACCUGCAGAACCUCAUGCUGUCGGCCGUGAGAGAGCCCACUCCACGCCUGGGAGAGAGCCAGAGCUCCGGAGGGCUGCCCCGGAGAGCAGACACCUUCGGAGGCUACGACAGCAGUCCCACCAUCCUCAACAAGAGCGGCAGUGUGAAGAAGAAGACCUACAGCGGAGACGGCAGGCCCAGGGAGAGGAGCCAGCGUGCCAGCUCUGACCCUAUGCUCAAGGAGAUGUGCGCUGCUGUGAACCUGGAGCAGGCGGCUGACGAUGCCUCACCAACCAGCUGGACCCCCAUCUGGUCAAACUCCUUUCCUGAGGCAGAGUUUUAUGAUCAUGUACUGCUGCUCUCACAGAAGCUAUACAGCUUGCAGGCCAUCAUCUCCCAGCAGGACAGCCACAUCGAGCUGCAGCGGGCCUCCCUGACGGAGCGCGAGCGGCCAGGCCGGCACCGCGGCAACAUCCUGCUGGAGCAGGAGAAGCAGCGCAACCUGGAGAAGCAGCGCGAGGAGCUGGCCAGCUUCCACAAGCUGCAGAGCCAGCAGCGGCAGGAGCAGGCGCGCUGGGAGCGCGAGCGCGAGCGCCAGCGGCAGCAGGCCGAGGCCGGCGAGGCGCGGCUCCGCCAGCGCGAGGAGGAGUGCCGGCGGCUGGAGGCGCGGCUCCAGGAGGAGCGGCAGGAGCUGGAGCUGCAGCGCGAGAAGUACCAGCAGGACCUGGAGCGCCUGCGCGAGUCGGCCCGCACCGUCGAGAAGGAGAAGGAGCGCCUGGAGCAGCAGAAGAAGUUCAAGAAGAACAAGACCAUCGCCAACCCGGGCCUCUUCUCCCUGGAGUCGCAGGUCCCGCCCCUCUCCACCAGCUUCAACGGGGAGCUCCUGAUGGGCAGCGCCGGGGACCUGGUCCUGACCUCCAAGCCCCACGUCCGGCCCAGCCUGCCCAUUGCCGCCGGAGAUUACCUGGAGAGGCCGGAGGUGCCGCCGCGGCGGGAGAGCAGCACCCUGCCCAUCAAGACGGAAGUGCCCAUCCACCUGAUCAGCACCACCAACCAGCUGCACAAGCAGGGCAGCGUCCAGCAGCAGAUCCCCACCAAGCUGGCCGCCCUCAGCAAGGGCAAGGAGAAGGGGGGCAAGGGCAAGGCCUCCCACCGCACCGAGAGCUCAGCAUCAGUGGACAUGAAGCAGAUGCUGCCUCUCAAGUUGUCAGGAAAAGAGGACGGCAGUUUAAGAGGAAAGAGGUCUGUCAGCCCUCUGCAGCUCUACCAGCCAGAUCCUGUGAGCCCUCCAGACAAUUACUCCGACGCCCAGCCCGCUUACCCAGCCAGUAUACACAAACAGAUCAGCCAGAGCUCGCUGCAGAACCUGGCCCCAUCCUACGGCAUCACGGAGGAGAUGGCGAAGGAGGACGUCAUCUUCUUCUAAGCUCCGACCCCACCGCGCCCAUGCAAGGCCCGGAUACCCCAGGUGUCCGCUGCAUGUCACCGUGAGACAGAGCCAGGACCAGUGGGUGGCCUAUGAUACGAGGCCAGAAGGUGAUUUGGUCCACUGUGUUCCAGCAACAAAAAAAAAAAACUAUCCAGAAGGGUACCAGAAUAGAUUUAUUUUUAGAGUUGUUUUCUUUUUACUACAGUUAUUUUUCCAGGAAUGUAUUUUAUUAUGCCCUUCCCCAGAUACCAAUACCUGUUUUAAAUUCACCCACAAGCAGUUUAAGGUAGCACACAAAAGAGAAAGCUGGAGAUAUUUCCUGGUGGUUUGGCAUUGUGUUCACAUAAAGGGUUCACUUCAUGCCCCGGAGCCUCCAAAGAAGAGAGAGAGCUGAAGGAAGUCCAGUACUGGCAGAAGCUGGAAAAGCAUGGAGUGGAGGUGGACCACAGGGCAUUGUCAGAAAGAGUUUGUGGUGUGUUUUUUCUGAGAAAGAGCACCUUAACGAAGGACUCAAACCGUGGCAACAUCCAUGUUUACUUGCCGAGUGGAGAGGUGUCCAUUUUGCACAGUGUAAAUACUAAUUAGCAGGCUUAAGAAUGAAGUGCGAUUUUUGCAAUGAAGGAGUCUGCACCAUACAGUUGCAUGUGAGGCUGAUUUUACUUUUACAUAAGUCUUGUACUCCUCGUUACAGAUGACUGCUCCCCAACAGGGACUGCCGCUGAACCCUGCUCUGCCAAUGUUUAAAGUGCAUCCAGGCACCAUAUUCAUUGAAAUUUAUCUAAAAACAAUUUACGAUUGACAGAAAAAUGAUUUACAGCAGAAGAAACGUACAGAAACAAAUAUCAUAACAACAAACAGAGAAUGAAGGAUGCCCCAAAAAAGGGUGACAGAAAGAGUGUGCUCUCAGGCUUUUCCAUGUCAUAUGGUUUUAAAGUAUAGUGGAUAGCUCAUCUCUGAAGUUGUCAUUACCGGUGCUGUCUGUGGGGACACGUAAAACAGGCAGAGAGAGUCAAGGCAGAGCUCCAAUAUGAGUGCUCGUGUUGAAUGAUUGCACAGUAUCCGAAAGUGACGAGCAUGGCUGUGAAGUGCUUUUCCCUAUCCACUUUGGAGACCCCGUCAUCCAUGACCGCCACUAUAGUCCUGGAACCUGUCCUGCACUCUGCCCCCCCCCCCCCCCCCCCCAGGUAUCAGAGGCCAAACCAAGAAACCCAUAAGUGCUGCAUCACAGCAAUGCACAGUAAUGACACUUGUAUAACUCCAAGUGACAGGACAGAGGUUAACAGGCAGCGUUGCACUAUGGCACUGCAGAGACUUUCCUCAUAUAACUUUAUCUGAAUCAAAUCAUGGUCAGUUCUCCCAUGGGAAAGCUCCUCUUGUAUUUGCAGAAGCAUCAGGCCAGUCUUAAAUUAAGUCCCAGGAAUUUUACAUCAGUCCAUUUGUUUCUGUGAUAAAUCUAUAUUAUAUCCAGUCUUAGUCCAGUAACAAAAGGGUGUGUAGAAUGUACUAGGGAUGUGCUUAACCAUAACACUCUUGUACACAAAAGAUCAAAUCACAUUCCGUUUCUGCCUAGUAUAAACUAGAAAAAUACAAACAGGUGUAUGAAUUAUUCCUCUCAAAAACAACUGGCUCCAAACGAUUCACCAGGAAAUAGUGAUUUUAUUUUUAUUUUUAUUAUUACUUUCUGAAAAUUACAACUAGGUACAAAUCAGAAAAAAAUAUAUUUAUAAUUGUGUAUAUAUCUUGGUAUGUUUGCUUGUAUAGAACUGAAUAAAAUGUUCUCCUCCACGUGAUGGUACAAAUUGUGGGUCUGUGAAUCCACUGUGUAGCAAGAGAGCGGCCAAGAAUAGCAAAGCAGGGUCAAAAUUGCCAAAGUUUAAAUAGCUUAGUUAGAUUUUUACUACAUUGACAGGUAUCUGCAGACCGAUAGUCAUUCAUUUUUUUUGUGAUCAUUCUGAACAAAUCUAUUUGGUGUAGUGUGUUGUGCUUUUGACCCCGGCUCCAUAUGUAUAUACUUGUAUAGAUUUUAGGCUCUGAAGCAACUGUUAAUGUGAAAAGUAGUGAUGGAUGGGAUGAUGGAUGGUGACUGUGGCGGAAGGCGUUGUUGUAACAGGUGAAGGCUACCAGAAGGCUGCUGAGAUUAUAUUAUGGGUCUUUGUUUGGGAACCUCUCCCCUGUGGCAUGUGUUGCCGCGUGCUCAAAAGAACCAGCGGGGGGAAGAGUACGCGUUGUCAGACAGAGUCCGACCUAGCGCAGAAAGCUCGGUUUUCUGUUGACCUGCUGUACAGACUGGCGAGACGUGACCAUGCUACAGUACAGUACCAGUGAAGGAAUAAAUAGGCUGUGUGUACAGUACCAGUGUUUGGUUCACUCUUUAUUUUUCUCUCAAGACUUGAGAUGUUGCCUGGGUAUGA